AUGAUAAAGGUGUUUUUCGGUUUGCUGGCUUCCUCAGCCCUGUCAAAAGGAAUGUUCAUCCAUAACAAUACAGAUAAAGAGAAUUUCAAACCUCCUCCACCUGGGUCACAUGACAGUCCCAUUCCCCCUGAAUUCUGGGAUAGUAGUGGUUAUGCUCCACUGCCAGACAACAACCCCAUACCACAAAACAUGAUGGGUGAUGGCCUUCCACAGAUACGCGAUGGCUUUUUAUUGCAAUACGACAUGACCGUUCCAACAAACAACUACCCAGUUCUGCCAAAAGGUUACCCCUUGCCACCAAACAUUCCGGGUAAUCUUCAGAAUUCCCGCACGUUCGACAUGACAGAUCUGACCUACUGCAAUAUGAUCUUGGAAGCACCUGUGCCCCCUACUGCAGAUCAAGUACCCUGGUUCUGCACCUGCUCUUUGUGCAACACAGCUAAUGGUGCUCCAAAGGGUGAGAGAGGAGACAGAGGUCUACCAGGAUACCCUGGGAGUCCAGGAAGUAGGGGUCUAAGUGGCCCCCGAGGUCUACCAGGUUUCACAGGUCCACCAGGAUUUAAGGGGCAGAAAGGUGAUGAAGGUAUAAAAGGGAAUGAUGGACCAGUGGGCCCAAUGGGAAGAAUUGGCGAGCGUGGCUUCAAGGGUGAUAAAGGAGACAUGGGCAUAUAUGGGAGUCCAGGGGAACCAGGACCUCCUGGACCACCUGGGGAUUGCUCUCCAUUGUGUUCUUCUAUGAAUGGACCUCCAGGAGAAGUUGGAUUACCCGGAGCAGUUGGCCCUAGAGGCCUUCCAGGAAGCUCAGGAGAGCCUGGGCCAAAAGGCGAAAAGGGAGAUAAGGGUGAACUGGGUAUGCCUGGAGUUCCAGGCCUUACUGGGCUGAAAGGAAAUCAAGGUGAGCAAGGUGUGUGCAAUUGCAAGGAUGGGCAAAAAGGUGCAGAUGGAAUUACUGGGCCUCUUGGUCCAAAGGGUGAAAAGGGGGAUGUUGGUCCUCGUGGGCUUGAAGGGGUAAGUGGUCCAAAAGGUGAAAAAGGACAAGAAGGAAUGACAGGUUUUCCUGGCCCCUGCUCUCCUGCGAUCCAAUCAGGGUUUUCAGCAAGACUGGCUAUAAGUUCCCCAAGUCCAGAUGCACCUGUGCCUUUCAGCCUAGUCAUUUAUAAUGUACAGUUUCACUACAACCCAACUACAGGUAUCUACAGGGCUCCCGUCAAUGGCACAUACAGCUUCAGCUACAAUUUGUGCGCCUUAAACAAAGUGCUCAAAGUGGGGCUUUUCCAAAACUUCAUCCCAAUCGUGAAAAGCACUGGGCCUAUAAACCUUGGUAUGGUCUCUCAAGAAGUGAUUCUACACCUCAACAUGGGUGAUCAAGUGUGGAUCCAGGUCAAGGACACAAACAGUAAUGGUAUGUGUGUCAACAGCGAGAGCAGUAGCACCUUCUCUGGCGUUCUGCUUUACCCAGACAACUGCGACGUACCCUUUUCCCGAGAAAUACCUGACCCGAUUACUGGCACAUUUAGCUGGGGUACACUGGAGGCACCAGAACCAUAG